UACUCGGCUUCAGUUAGGUCAUCCCCCCCUGUAGAUUUUAUCUGGGUUGAAGAUAAUUCUUACCUCGCUUGAAAAAUCUUUCUGCCCUUCUGCUUUUUGCAUUUGGUUUCAAAAGCCUGUCAUUCCCUCCGCAAUGCCGUACUUGCUCUCGAAAUUGCCUGUUCCGCAUCUGCUUCCCAGCCACAUUCCAGACUCCCCUAGUUGGCCAUUUCUUGGAGGGCCAGAAUACUCUUAUGGUCCACUGAAUAUCCCACAAUGGAGUUACCAAGAAUUUGGUGUGAAGAAAAUAUCUCCUUUGUUUGCAUUAGUUGCUUCCUUGCGACUGGGCUCUAUUGGAAUCUUGGGAACCACUGCUAAUAUGAGAGAAACAUCCGGUCCUUGCAAGUGCCACCUGCCAACAGUUGGUGCUAAUACUUCUGAGAAGCAAUCUUCAUACGAUGAGGCUGAAAAUGACUUCUCUGAGUCUUGUGGAGUUGUUAGUGAUGCAUAUUACAAGGAAGAACAAAGAAGAAAAAAGAUAGGACUAGCUAACAAAGGGAAGGUGCCCUGGAACAAAGGCAAGAAACAUAGUGAAGAGACUCGCAUGCGAAUCAAGAGGAGAACGAUAGAAGCCUUAAGGGACCCCAAGGUGAGGAAAAAGAUGGUUGAACAGACCCGUUCACAUAGUGAACAAACCAAGGCAAAAAUAAAAUCUUCACUUCGGCGAAUUUGGGACAAACGUCUGAAAUGGAGACGAUUGAAGGAGAAGUUCUUCUUGUCAUGGUUGGAAAGCAUAGCAGAAACUGCUAAAAGAGGAGGGAGUGACCAACAAGAACUACAUUGGGAUAGCUAUGAAAAAAUUAAACAAGAAAUAGCUAUUCACCAGCUUCAAUUGGCUGCAGAGAAGUUAAAAGCCAAAGAGAUGGCAAAACUAAGAGGACAGAAAGCAGCUUUGGCAAAAGCUGAUAAGAUGGCAAGACUUGCUGAAAAGAGGAAAGAGCGGGAAGAAAAAACAAAAGCAAGAAGAGAUAUAAAGAUGGGAAUGAGAAAAUCGAAGAAAGACAAGGAAAUGUUAGUAAUUACCCCAGAAUUGAAACUUAAACAAAAAUUAACCAAGAUUCAUAGACAGAGAUCCCAGCAAGGUCGAGUUGCUAGUAGAGGGAAUGCGGAGAUCUCAGUCAUCCCUGCUUGGGAAAAGUUGGAUGAAGAGCUCAUAAAGAAAGAAAAAAUGCGAAAAAGUAUUUCACUUGCAGAGCAGAUCCAAGCUGCGAAGAACCGAAGAGUAGAAUCCAUGGUUGGAUCACUGUUGAGCAAUCAAGCAGGAGCCAGCAGGGUGCAGACGGGAAGGGAGGGUCGUUGGGAAGGGAGAGAGUUACAAACUGAAGUUUUUUAGAAAGUAUUUUAUCUAUUGCAAAGACAGAGCAAAGAAUUCAGAAGUCUGUGCUAAAAGAAACAACAAAAGAGAUUCUGCGCGCUAUGCUUACAUUUGUAAUCUCUGGCUGAUAGUUGUUAGAAAUGUAUAAUGGGAAAUUCAGAAAGUUAAAAUUGAUCAGAAUUUAGGCUCUGAUUCUCAUCUCAACUGACAGGUAUUCUACUAUGUCAAUACUCUUCUGAAUGAAAAUUUUGAAUAUUUCUCACAA